CGUCCCUUUCCUCUCAUGCUGGUUACUGAAGUUUAUAGGGACAGAUUGGACGCGGCUGGUUCAGAUCCUCUGUAAUAUCACACGUGACCAGCAUGUUGAUUGCAUUUCGUUCUGUCUGCCGCCUUGGGAAUGGCGCUCAAUUGCUGAAGACAGUUCAUUCCUCUCGCUUCCUCAGGUUUUCCACUGCAGGAAUUAUGUCUUCAGUGCACAAAAAUACUAAACGGAUCCAGGGAAUUGAUGGCAAUGUAUGGGUUGAGUUUACAGCCCUUGCUGCGGAUCCCUUGGUAGUCAAUCUUGGCCAGGGAUUUCCAGACAUAUCACCUCCAUCUUACGUCAAAGAAGGUCUCGCUCAAGCAUUAACUGUGGACAGACUGAAUCAGUACACACGAGGCUUUGGUCACCCACCGCUGGUAGAUGCUCUUUCUCAGGUUUAUGGCAAAGUGACUGGAAGAAAGAUAGAUCCAAACAAAGACAUCCUUGUGACAGUGGGGGCAUAUGGAUCCAUUUUCUGUGCAAUCCAGGGGCUUGUAGAAGAAGGCGAUGAAGUGAUAAUUAUUGAGCCCUUUUUUGACUGCUAUGAUCCCAUGAUAAGGAUGGCUGGGGCCACACCUGUCCACAUUCCACUGAGAUGUAAAGAUAGUGGAAAAGGAACCUUAUCAAGUGCUGACUGGGCUUUAGACCCCGAAGAACUAGCCAGCAAAUUCAAUUCUAGGACAAAAGCAAUCCUAGUAAACACUCCAAACAAUCCUAUGGGCAAGGUGUAUACAAAGGAAGAACUACAGGUCAUUGCAAACUUGUGUAUAAAACAUGACACGAUCUGUUUUAGUGAUGAAGUUUACGAGUGGCUGGUGUUCUCUGAAAGCCGGCAUGUAAAAAUAGCAACUUUACCAGGGAUGUGGGAAAGGACUAUAACAAUAGGAAGUGCAGGAAAAUCAUACAGUGUUACAGGAUGGAAGCUUGGUUGGUCCAUUGGUCCUGAGCAUCUUAUUAAACAUUUACAAACGGUCCAUCAGAACCUCAUAUACACCUGCCCUACUCCAUUACAGGAGGCCCUGGCCAAUGCUCUCUUCAAGGACUUUAAAAGGAUGGAUGAGCCAGAAUGCUAUUUCAACUCACUACCUCGGGAACUACAAGCCAAGCGUGACCGAAUGGCUCGCUUGCUUCAGGAAGCUGGACUACAGCCAGUCGUUCCAGAAGGAGGAUAUUUCAUAAUCGCAGAUGUUUCUGUACUUGGUGUGGAUCUUUCUGAAGAAAAAGGUGAUGAACCUUAUGAUUACAAAUUUGUAAAGUGGAUGAUUAAAACAAAGAAACUAGCUGCUAUUCCAGUAACUGCUUUUUGUGGCUCUGAGUCCAAGAAACAGUUUGAGAAAUAUAUCAGAUUCUGUUUUAUUAAGCGAGAUGAGACACUGGACGCUGGUGAGAAGAUCUUGAAAAACUGGAAUAAAUGAAAUGACAAAUUUGAGCAUUAGACCAAUUCAGGAGCAAUGACUAUCUACAUAAACUGUAUUCAGUGUUCUGAUGCUGGUGUGACAAACAGCAUCAGGUAAUCAAAUGUAAUCUGUGCUGCUGUUUUUAUAUAGAUUGUUGUUUUUAUGGAAAGGGAGCUGUAAAUAAACUUCUUAUCUAAUUUU